ACAGCGAAAGGAGAGAUGGAGUCGUCAAGAGGUCUUACCUAAAAAUAUUAGACAGCUGUUUGCCAGGCUAUGCACAAUACACAUGUCAGAUGCAUGUUGUGCUACGUUGCUCACAGUGGCAAGUCGAUGAUAUUGCGUUGAAAACGAUUGAUAAAUGACGACUAGCUUACAAGCUAAUGAAACAGUCGGGGUAACAUUAGAGUUUCCACUUAACGCCAGGUUAGCAUUUUUCAGAAACCCGUAGCUUGUUUUUUCCCUCAAAACCAUAGCCAGCUAGUAGCACAUUCAGAUAUCAAAUUGGCAACGGCUUACUAGGAUUUCGUUUCACCUCACUCCUGCCUUGUCGCGGCUCCGAUUUCGCGAGGCUUGGUGGAACUGUCCUCCGUCGCUCCUGGUGCUUUUUCAAUGGGGAAUUGCCUGUCGUCGCAGAGUGCAGAUGACCUGUCGCUUCUGAACGACUCCGAGGGAGCCAGUCUACCGGGGGAACCGCCGCCGCCUUACCAGGAGCGUGCUGCCCAGCAUCUUCCGGUGUUCCAGCCGUCGGGCGGCCAUCACCAUCACCAUCAUCAUCAUCAUCACCCGCCGCAGCUGAGUGAGGAAGAGCAGGUGAGGCUGGCCCUGCGGAUCGGCCUGAUCCAGCACCUGCCCCGCGGCGUCUACCAGCCCUCUCAGCUGCACCCCGACAAGAGGAACAAAGAGUGUGUGAUCUGCAUGAUGGACUUCGAGCUGGGCGACGCGGUGCGCUACCUGCCGUGCCUGCACACCUACCACGUGGACUGCAUCGACGCCUGGCUCAUGCGCUCCUUCACCUGCCCCUCCUGCCUGGAGCCCGUGGACGCCGCGCUGCUCUGCUCCUACCAGACCAACUGACCUUUCAACCAUGACCUUUCAACCAUGACCUUUGACCCCCAGAGCUGCUUCACCUGCCCCUCCUGCCUGGAGCCCGUGGACGCCGCCCUGCUCUGCUCCUACCAGACCAACUGACCUUUCAACCAUGACCUUUGACCCCCAGAGCUGCUUCACCUGCCCCUCCUGCCUGGAGCCCGUGGACGCCGCUCUGCUCUGCUACUACCAGACCAACUGACCUUUCAACCAUGACCUUUGACCCCCCAGAGCUGCUUCACCGGCUCCGCCCUGCUCUGCUCCUACCAGACCAACUGACCUUUCAACCAUGACCUUUCAACCAUGACCUUUGACCCCCCAGAGCUGCUUCGCCGGCUCCUCCUGUCUGGAGCCCGUGGACACUGCCCUGCUCUGCUCCUACCAGACCAACUGACCUUUCAACUAUGACCUUUCAACCAUGACGUUUGACCCCUAGAGCCUGUGGCCCUGCUCUGCUCCUACCACACCAACCCUGACCUUUCAACCCCGACCUCUCACCCUUCCCCUUUGAUCUCCGGACCCUCCUGAGCCCUUGAGUGUUCCCAUCUAUGCCUUGACCACGUGACUCAUGUCAUCAUCUCCUUCCUACAGCCGGAAGCCCUCCAUGCUCUGCCCUCUUUUCCUACCAGACCAACUGACCUUUCAACCUUGACCUUUGACCUUCACCGUUCCUUCACUUGUGUGUGCUCUAUCCUAGACCGCUCUAAUUUGACCUUUCAAGCAGUUGAUCCAAUACACAUGACUGCCUAUAUACUCCAGACAAACACACUCUCUCACACACACACUCUGUCUCUGACCCUGUGAGCUGGACAACGAUCACCAUUGCUCCAUUCCCAAAACAAUCUCCACAGCUGUCUUCCCAAAAGCAGCUGCAGGACAGAUGACUUCUAGGAAGGAAAACGGAUCUGUGCCUCAACAGGGCCAAAUAGGAGAUCGAUCCACUAUGACAUCAGAAUCAGCUACUCUAAUGACUGGAACAGUUCAGAACACAUCGCCAUUCCGGAAUGGCGUUGUUUGCCAAAUAGGAGAUGGAUCCACUAUGACAUCAGAAUCAGCUACUCAAUGACUGGAGCAGUUCAAAACACAUCGCCAUUCCAGAAUGGCGUUGUUUGCCAACUAGGAGAUGGAUCCACUAUCACAUCACAAUCAAGGGUAAUGACUAGAGCAGUGCCAAUGUGGAGUAGCCAUUCAGGGGAUCCGGUUUUGGUUGGAGCUUGUUUGGUGGUGGAUAUGAGCUUUUUCUUCUCAGAAUCAGCCACAAUUUGCUUCAGAGGGCUGAAGAACAGGAGUAGAUGAAGGAGGAACGUGUAUCAGAGUAUCCCACAGGGCUUCCACCACCCACGCAUGAACCAAUGACUGAAGCCGUUCAAAACACAACAGCCAAUCAGUGGUGGAGUUGUCGAUUAGUAUUAGUUUGAUUGAGGAUAUGUUUAGUUCUGAUGGUUUCUGAGGGGCUGGAGCCUUAGUCAGUGAGGUAAUAACUGACAGGAAGUGAGGUCAUUAGGUGAGACAAGUGGUAUGUUUUGUUUAUUGGGUACUGUUGUAUAGACUGAAGAGGAAGAAGAGGAGAUGUUCUGUUUUUUUGUGCUCACUUACUAUAUCUAGGGGGGGGGGUCAGUGGAGGUGAAGGGUAAAAUGGUUUGUGAUUUCUGGUGAAAUGGAGACAUGUUGGCUGGGCAGUGGAGAGGACGUCAGAGGGAGCAAUUCUACCGAGUUCUGCUCACGUCCCACUCUGUGCUGUCAUUUCAUUUAGGCCUAUGGGCUGGCAAACUUUCAAAGAAUAGAAGCACUAAGUUCUGACCCCCCCCGACGGCGUUGGCGUUGGCUCUGAUGCAAGGCCAUACGAUAUCACUUUACUCGGCUGCCUCCAGCGAUCUCGCUGCAUGGUUCCAGCCUGUGUCAUCUCCAUGGUGACCAAAUGUGCAAUAUAUCGGUGGCAUGAUUAAUAUGCUUACCUGCACCCUGAUUGGGUGAGUUUCACUUCCUCGUUACCCAAGUCGGCCAAUCAGCCGUCCCCUAUUGGUGAGCACAGUGGAUGCUGAUUGGCUCCCACACCGUACCUCUUUUACCCCCCCCCCCAAAAUGGCUGUGAAUGUCAUCAAGUCUAAAAGCACAGGGCUCUUUAAUCUCAAAUGCAAUGUCUUUAUACGAAAAAAAUCACGAUUAAAAAAAGUGAUCUAGAGAUCUUUUGUAGAUGAUGUGAUGUGUGCCCUCCCUGUGUGUGUGUGUGUGUGUGUGUGUGUGUGUGUGCGUGCGUGCGCACGUUAUCAAGGCCUGAGCUGUUUGCUGUUGUUUAGAAUCUUCCUAUAUUUGUUUACAUUCAUUGUUUUCAUGGUUUUGGUUUCAUAUAUCGUGCUUUGUUUGUGCGUCUUCUUUUGCGGUCUUCAGUAUUGUUGCCUUUUUCUUUCAAGCCCACGCCGCUGAACGCCUGGGCGCUGGCCUGUUCUCUCUCUCUUUCUCUCAUUCUUUUUGUCUGUAUGUCUGUCCACCCCCCUCCCCCCCACCCCCAUCCCCAUUCUGAAAAGGUAUAGCACACGAAAUGUACUGAACACACUGCUGUUGGCUGAACUGCAGCACGUGACCGCACAGCCAAUUCGUGAACUCUUUUGAGAGCGCUUUACAUGUUCUAUUUGAAUCCCAUUUUGUGUGUGUGUGUGUGUGUGUGUGUGUGUGUGUGUGUGUGUGUGUGUGUGUGUGUGCAUGCGUGUACCAGUAUGUAUGUGCGUGCAUGCACGUAUGUGUGUGUGUGUGUGUGUGUGUGUGUGUGUGUGUGCGCGUGUGCGCAUUGCAGAUUAUCUGGUCUGAGAUAUAUAUGUCUAUAUAUCAAUGAAUACUAGUGAUGUCGUUUUCAUUUCCUGUUGAUGUCAUAUGGCCUGCGGGUUUAAUUUGGAUAUGAAAAAGGGCUUGCGCAGUAUAGUCCAGGUUCCUCUUAUUGUUGUCUUAUGGUGUCCUCUUCCGUGGGCUACAGGCUACCAAGCCUGCUGGCAUUGGUCAGAUACGGCUCACAUACGGCCCAGAUACGGCUUCUGUCUGGCAGUCAGACAGGCUGAACUGUGAUUACCUGUGUUUACUGACUGAAUGUUGCCAAUGGAAUGCCAAACGGGAUUAUGGGAAAUGUAGUCUACUGUGUGAUCAUUAUAGUAGCACAUGUGGCUUGUCCUUCUGUAGUGUGCAAAACAUAGGACUAGGUGUGACUUAGUGUGAAAGCAGUUUU